AUUCGUGACAAGCAACAACACUUCACGACACAUCCCAACGCAACUGUGCUGCUUCCUUCAGACUAGACUCGCCGCCGACGCGUUGAGUUACGCUUGACUAGACACCGGCUCCGGCUCGUUCCAUCUCUCGAAUUCUUGAUUCCCUUUCGUUUUUUCGCCCUUGAAAGCUGCCCAUCUAUUUCAACGGCGCCUAUUCGGGUCGAGCGCUUUAGGAGUGGUUAAAAGUGACAGCCAGCUACAGCAAAAGCAAAAUUUGAUAUGUCGAAGAAAAAGCCGCUUAGGGCAAAGCAGAGGCAGCCGAAACCCACUUGGAAGCCAUCUAGAGACCCACGCCAGCCUGCGCUCAGUAGCACGGGUGGCCCUUCUCAGUCAAGCAAAGCGCAUUUCAGUUUGCAAGACGAAGCUCGUUUCACCGGGGGUAACCAAAGCUUCUGGACAAUUGACGCAAAACUUCGAAAUCGCGCUGUCCGCUUUGUUAGCGCAGGCCUCCACUCGACGAUAGAGAAAGAUCAAAGGAGUAGCUCUGAGCCUCCUAUGGAAAAGGAUGUUAAGACAGACAAUAUGAUUGCGUUCACGUUAGACUACGAUCAUGCAACAGAAACGGCAUCACUUCAAGCCGUUUCAACCAACACUCAAAGCGAACAUCCACAAGUCAUGGAAAUGUCCGAAGCAAAGGUCAUGUCGUCACCUCGAGAGCCAAGCCUGACCUCAUCUCUUCGAGACUCAGACUCGUUCAUCAUUGACACUGAAGGUGACAAGCAAGCUACCCCAGUUCUGCAGCGGCCCCGUAUCAGAUCAAUAUCUUCGGCAAGAUCAGAUUCGUCGGAUGAAGUCCUCUUCCAUGGGCGAAGUGUUCAGGCACGCACAAUCAACGAUCCUGUGCCCAACACGUCCGAGGCCAUUAAAAUCACUGAAAAUCAUAAUUCGUGGGACAAUACGUCCGUCGAAUGGGUCCACCGAUCAAAACCAGGCGUAGGCUGGUCAAACGCGAAGAUGUUGACACAUGCUAGACAGCCAACCCAAUUUUUGACGUUUCGCAUCGAAAAGCAACAAAAUAUCUCCCCUUCAUCAAUUGGAAAAUCAGCUGGGGAUGACUAUCUUGAGAACAUCCAAGAGUAUGAACCCGACCUUCUGUUAUCUUCUACGUUCGCACAUUACGAUAUCAAUACUGGCCUCGAGGACAGCGAUCAGGUGCAGCGGGAGUUCCAGUCGUUAUCAGUUAGCGGAUCAAACCGUGCCUGGAACAACCGCAGGGAGAUGCCGAUUCAGACGUCAAGUAGCUACUCUGGCGUGGAGGAAAUGGCGGAUGCAGCAGGGGAAAAGGUUUCCUCCGGGUCAGAAGUGCGAUCUUCAAUUGGUGAAGAAAGCGAUAAGAUGAGUGAUGGCUCAUCAGUUGACGAACAAUCAGAGGAUAGACAAGACUUUUCUGCUUACCCGACCGAAGACGAAACGCUGGCCAUGCUUUUGUCUAAGCAAGAAGAACUUGGCUUGGGUUCCGAUGAACUCUUUCUGUUUAGCGAGGAUGUAAAUGGGGUCCCCGCUCGUGCGGCCAGAACGUAUGAUCAGGAAAAUCCAAAAAGAACGCGAAGGCCAAAGGGCACAUUUCCGUCUGCAGCCCUUAUGGCGGAUGUUCUCGAACAAGAUCCUUAUGGUAGAUUUGAGGUCAUGGACUUCGAAAGACCGUUGCUGCGAAGGAAGAAGACCAAAGGAAGACCAAAUUUUCCUUUCGUCGUCUCAGAUGAACUACGACAGGACAUUGAGCAUGCAUGGGAAAAUGACAGAAGCAAAAAGAAGAUGAGGAGAAAAGAACGCGAAGAAAUGCGAAGACAAGGCCUCUUAGGUAACAGUGGUGUUGCUAGCAAGUACGGGGAAGGUAUGACAAUUUGGCAGAUUGGUAAGGAAUUUGAGAGUUUUCUGGGGUCUGAACUAGAAGAGAAAUCGUUCCCGCCAAUGGACAAGCGUCGCCGCAAGAUGGUCCAUGAGAUCGCCGCCGAGUUCAAUAUCAAAACCAAAUCUGUCGGCUCCGGCGACAGUCGAUACACAAAACUUAUCAGGACGAAAUCCACAACUCGCUUUGUGGAGAACCGUUUCGUCGCUCGCGCACGAAAGAUCAACAUGGGCUUUUUUCCUAGGCUAGAUGCACAAGCGAGAGUUAACCGCUCUUCACGGCCCUCGGCUUCCGGAGCUAAUUCUAGUGCUGUGCGUUAUCGUGAUGGCGAUAUUGUUGGGGGCACUGCGCCGGAGAUUGGGGUAAAAAACAAAGGUCGCUUAUUGCUCGAGAAGAUGGGUUGGGAGUCAGGUAUGGCCUUGGGUUCUCAUGACAACAAAGGCAUCUUAGAGCCUAUAAUGCAUGUGGUCAAAAAUACCAAGAUUGGGCUUGGUUGAAUAUCAUAAUUCUAAGUAUAUACAUAGCCUUUAUACCGGUGGAUCUAAAUCUGGUGAAGGAAAAUAAAAACAUUAAAGAUCAAUAGGGAUGAAGUUUAUGAUCAAGAUCUUAAGGAUAGAAUGGUGUUCUUGUCCAUACAUGGCAAUGUACGAUAUACCAAAAAGGAAGGAAUGAUAGUACUAACCAAAUAUAAUAUAAAGAACCCCUUAAGGGAUAUAAAAAGAGAAGGGGAGAUAAAAAAUAUAUAAGAGAGAGAGAUUUUAAAAUAUAGAAAGGUACCUUUUAGUAUAAAGACUUUAUUAAUCUUAUUACCUUUUAUAG